GUUGAAGUGAUAGAGAUAUACCUUACUAAUUACUGCAGAGCCUCUCGUCAUGUCCGAAGCUUCUUCCACGCCAGGGCCUAGCUCUUCUAAGCCAGAUCAGCCGUCAGCGGACGACAUUGAGAGGCUCCUCAACAGGGAGGCUACAGCCUUUCAGCGGGAGAUAGAGGUUGAACGUAUCCUAAAGGCCUUCAAACUAAAUCCGUACGAAAUCCUCGACAUCAGCGAAGAAGCGAGCACGGAAGAGAUCAAGAAGAAAUACAGGCAUCUCUCGCUCUUCAUCCAUCCUGACAAGACCCCCCACCCUCGCGCCCCAGAUGCAUUUGAUCUCCUCAAGAAGGCUGAAUCUGAGCUGUCAGACAAGACUAAGCGAGAAGAGCUGGACGCUGUUAUCAAACAAGCACGCGUCGUCUUGCUGAAGGACCUGGGGCUUCCUCCAGCAAUGCGAGAUGAUGACCCGAAGCUGAAGAGCUUGGUGCCGUCCUGGAGGCAACAAGUGCUUGCGAAGUCUAAAGAAUUCCUCAUAGACGAGGAGGUUCGAAGGCGGAAAGCCUUCAAGAUGAACCUUGCGAAUGAGGGCCUGGAGGCCCGCAAGAAAGAAGAGGAGGUGAAUGCGAAAAAGCGGAAGGCGGAGGAGGAGGCUCGUUGGGAAGAGAACCGAGAGCAAAGGGUCGACAAUUGGCGGAACUUCGCUAGCACCUCGAAGAAGAAGAAAAAGACGAAGGUCGCUGUUCUGGGUUGAACUGCGACCAUCCUCUUGUUCGACAUGUAUGUAUUCUAGAGGAGUUCGACGAUCAAGAGAGAGCUCGUAUCUGGUACAUUGUAUGACUUGUAUUCUUCGAUAUUGACUGUUAUAGAUGGUUCAGCCGAAUAAAGAUGACACCUCAAUCGAAC